GUGUGUAUUUAUUUAUUAAGUCGAAGUAUCGAACUCUCUUGAAGAGUUACAGUCUACAGACGUUUCGUGAACGUGGGUAAUUCCUAUUACGUAUUCUUUUCUUUCUUCCCUAAAUGAUUGCUUAGUUUCGAAUUUUCCGCUUGUUUAAAAUGUUUUCUUCAGUUUAAAAUAUACGCAACUAAAAAAAAUCACCACGUUCACUUGUCUAUUACCUAUAUAAAAGUAAAGAAAAUUUGGAUAUAUCAUUUAAAGUUCUCUAGUGAAUAUUGAAAACAGUUUCGACUUCUCAGACUUAUUUAGGUUCACGUCAAAAUAUUUUGAAAUGGCUGCCGAUACUCUGCGAGUUAUUAGGAAAAGACCAUUAGAAGAAUAUGAUGAUGAUUAUAAACCUUUGUCUAAACGAAUGCACAGCAUGUAUUUGAAAGAUGGCCCACUUUCCGGCGAAAACCAUUCAGGAGUCACAAACGCCUACGGUAAUGCGUCUACAUCAACACAAUAUAGCCAGCAAACGGCUACUGAUUAUAGUCACCCUGAUGUAAAUAGUCAACAAAACAUUAGAGUUGAAGACCCACAAAAUUUACAUUAUGAUCCAGAUCUGACUUCCGAUCAAAAUCCGUUUUACUAUGAGAGCAACAGAUUAUUAUUUGAUCUUCACGUAGAAAGGGUUCAUCGUCAUGGUCAAUAAUAAUUUUAGUAUACACUAUAAUAAAUAUUUGUUUUACCCUAAAAUUAAAAUAUUUACUGACUAUAGUCCCUCAUGGCAUAACAUCAUAUUACAAUAAUAUGUCAACUUUGGUUUGGCUAUAUUAUAACUUCAACUUAGUGUUCAUCUAUUUAUGUUAAUUUUUCAUCGACUAGUAAUGAACAUAUUAUAUUUAUAAGAAUGUGUUGACAUCAUGUUUCCUAUUUUAGCCAUUUAUAGGCUUAAAAAUAAACAUAUUAGUUGUAAGGAACCAGAUGGAUUAUUUUGUUAAGAAUAUAAAUUACAUUUUUAAUAAUGCAAUAAUUCUAUAGAUAUUAAAGUAAAUCUAAUUACUGUAAUUUGCUUAGUUAAUUAACUUAUACUAAGUUAAUUACAAUUUAUUAUUGUGUAUUAUUUGUCUUUAUUUUAAAUUUUAAUUUAUUCCCAGGGGCCAAUUCAAAAUAUGUCAUUGUUGUGUGAUUCAUUAAUAUUAAGUUAGUAUUUGCUUAUUUUUGUUGCUCAUUUUUAAUUGUAAUUACCUAUUAUAGUAUGUAUAAUUUUUUUUUGUGUGUUUCAUAUACCAAUAAAUUAUUUUAAAAGGUAUAUCAAAUAAAAAUACAUAAAAAUAACUUUAUUUAACAAUAACCAAUUAUUGCUGUAAUAUUGUAUAUUAUUUAUUUUUAAGUUAUUCUUUAAAACUAUUUGGAGAUUGUCAAUUUUUAAUUCCAAAUUAUAAAAACUUAAGUAUUAUAUAUUAUUUACGCAUUUUAAAUUAUUGCUAUUAUUAAUAAAACAACAACAGAAAUAAUCGAAAACUUAAAUCAAACAUUAUUAAACACACAUUUUGUAAAUUAUAUACCUUAGAUGAAAUAUUACACCAAUUUUAAAACAGAUUUUAAAUAUCAAUUUCAAUAUUGUCAUUGUCUGGGUAAAAUGUAUUAAUAAUGCUUAACAUAUGUACCUAUUUAAAUAUAAUAUUAUAAAAUAAAAAUAACAAAAUUCUUAAUACCUAUAAGAUAGAUUAAGUUAUUUAUAUCAAUACUGUUAUUUAUUAAUAUUAUUGAACUAAUAGACAUUAGAAUCUGAUACUA